AUGUUAAUCUAUUCUUUUAUUAUUCUUGUCUUAUGGGAUUCUAUUUAUUCACUGAAUAAUGGACUUGGUAGAACACCACAGAUGGGAUGGAAUGGUUAUAAUCAUUUUGGAUGUUAUAUGAACGAAACAAUACUUCGUGCAACAGCUGAUGCACUUGUUGCUACUGGUUUAGCUAAAGCUGGUUAUACUUAUGUUAAUAUUGAUGAUUGUUGGGCAUUAUCUCGUGAUCCAACAACAAAUUUUAUUAUUUCUGAUCCAGUAAUGUUUCCAUCUGGCAUGGCAUCAUUAGCUGAUUAUGUUCAUUCUCGUGGUCUUUUAUUUGGCCUCUAUUCGGAUGCAGGAUAUAAUACUUGUGCUGGUCGUCCAGGCUCAUUUGGCUACGAAGAAAUCGAUGCACAUGUAUAUGCACAAUGGAAAGUUGAUUAUCUAAAAUAUGAUAAUUGUCAUUCAUUUUCAACACAUAAGACAAUCCGAGAACGUUAUGAACGUAUGCGAGAUGCAUUAAAUCAUACAGGUCGCCCAAUAUUUUACUCAGCAUGUGAAUGGGGUCAAAUGUUACCAGCAAUUUGGUUUAGUACAAUUGCAAAUUCCUGGAGAACAACGGGAGAUAUUAGUGAUAAUUGGUAUUCAAUGUUAUUCAAUAUUGAUGUCAAUGAUUUAUUUGCUGAUUCUGCAGCACCAUAUGGUUUUAACGAUCCUGAUAUGUUAGAAGUAGGAAAUGGAGGCAUGACAUUAAAUGAAUAUCGUACUCAUCUGAGUUUGUGGUCAAUAGCUAAGGCACCAUUAAUUAUUGGUUGUGAUGUGCGAACUAUAUCAAGUGAAACAUUAGAAAUUUUAACAAACUCAGAAAUUAUUGCUGUUAAUCAAGAUUCUCUGGGUAUACAAGGAAAAAAAAUACGUAUUGAUCUUGUUCAUGAUACUGAAGUUUGGGCUGGGCCAUUAGAUGAUGGAUCAAAAGCUGUUGUUGCACUAAAUCGAGCAAAUAGUACAGCUGAAAUAAUUUUAGUUUUAUUUACUGAUUUAGGUUGGCCACCGACAAGUCGGGUGCAUGUGCGCGAUCUUUGGUUACACAAAGAUAUUGGACAGUUUCAAGGAAAUUAUACAGCUUAUAAUAUUGAGUCACAUAGUGUUCAAAUGCUUAAAAUGACUCUUAUUACAUUAUAG